AUGGCGGCCCACGGCCCCCCGCCCACGGACGCCUCCGCCGACGCCCCCUCCUCCUCCGCCCUGCCCGGCAGGGGCCCGGGUCAUGACUCUUCUCUCGUUAACAGGCACGGGGCCGUCAAAAACGAAGACGUCUCCAAGGCGUCGCAGUUUCACUUCGACCUGUGGUUCUACUUCACGCUGCAGAACUGGGUGCUGGACUUCGGCCGCCCCAUAGCGAUGAUUAUUCUGCCGCUAGAGUGGUUCCCGUUAAACAAGCCCAGCGCUGGAGAUUAUUUCCACAUGGCUUACAACGUCAUCACACCGUUCCUGCUCCUGAAGCUCAUCGAAAGAUCCCCCAAGACCUUACCGAGAUCCAUGGUAUACGUCAGCAUCAUCGUGUUUGUCAUGGGUGCCAGCAUCCACUUGGUCGGAGACUCCGUCAACCACCGCUUGAUUUUCAGCGGCUACCAGCACCAUCUGUCCGUCAGGGAGAAUCCCAUCAUCAAGAACCUGAAGCCGGAGACUCUGAUCGACUCUUUCGAGCUGCUGUACUACUACGACGAGUAUCUGGGUCACUCGAUGUGGUACAUCCCUUUCUUCCUGAUCCUGUUCAUCUACUUCACCGGCUGCUUCACCCGCAUCCAGGAGGAGAGCAGGAUGCCCCUGGCCGCCCUGCUGCUCGUAGGACCCAGCAGCCUCUACUACUGGUACCUGGUGACGGAAGGACAGAUCUUCAUCCUCUACAUCUUUACGUUCUUCGCCAUGAUGGCCCUUGUGAUGCACCAGAAGCGCAAGGGGCUCGUCCUGGACAGCAACGGCCUCUUCCUCUUCUACUCCUUCAUCGUCACCCUGGUCCUGAUCGCCGCCUGGGUGGGCUGGCUGUGGAACGACAGGAUCCUCAGGAAGAAGUAUCCCGGCGUCAUCUACAUCCCCGAGCCCUGGGCCUUCUACACCCUGCACGUGAGCAGUCUGCAAGCGCCCAAGGCAGGGCCUUAGUGCCCCCCCAGCUUGGCUGUGGUUUGGGGGAAGGAGGGGGGGAAAGCCUAGUUUUCUAACGUCAUCGUGUUUCCAAUAAACUCCUGACAACAGC